AUGUAUACCGACGACGUUGAGUCUAAAGCAUCUGCACAUGGACAUGAAUUUGUCCCAGAAAACCCAGCAUCAGACGGGGCACUCAAGCUCGAUCCACAUGGAUACCCGCUUCGUCCUCAACCUUCUGAUGAUCCCCUAGCAGAUCCUCUAAACUGGUCACCAUGGAUCAAACUCUUCGUACUGCUUCAGGUUUCAUUUUUGGGUUUCCUUGGUCCAUUUUCCCAAGGCACCGUUAAUUCCGCUUUUAUUCCACUAGCAAAAGCUAUGAACGUCACUGUUACUGUAGCUUCCUACAGCACGACGAUAGCUAUAGUGUUUGCUGGUGUUGCCCCUCUAGUAUACUCUCCGAUUUCAAACGUUUAUGGACGGCGGCCGGUGUACAUAAUAAUUACUGCGGUAGGUAUUGCCGCUAAUGCUGGCUGCGCUGUUUCCCAAUCGUGGGCCCCGCUCCUGGUUGCGCGCGCAUUUGUAGGGAUUGGGACAUCAGUUGGGAUGGGUAUAGGGGCUUCUGUGGUUUCUGAUAUGUAUUUCAUGCAUCAGCGUGGGUUGUAUAUGGGUAUAUACGUCGUCUUCGUGACAAACGGCGCACAUGUUGCAGCCAUAGUCGGUGGCUUCACAGCCAAAUACGCUGGAUGGCGCUGGUGCUACUGGGUCCCAACAAUUAUCCUUGGAGCUACCUGGCUUGUUAACCUCUUUUGCCUCCCUGAAAGUCUUUACCAUCGCGAUUCGAUUACAGGAGCUUCCCACGAGAACACGCGCUCCUGGUCUCAACUCUUCAAUUUCAAACGAGUUUCCACGCAGCGUAGACUCAGUGUGUGGGACAUUACUCAUUGUUUCAUAAUGAUGAAGUAUCCUUCUGUGCUCUUAGCAGGCUUCUACUACAGCAUCGCAUUUGGUGCAGGAACUGUCUUGUUUGCAGUAACCGGUGCCGCAGCAUUUGGUAGCAUUUACCAAUUUGACACUGCACAGGUAGGAUUAGCUAUUGGCCUGUCUACCACUGUAGGAGCUACUCUUGGGGAACUGGUCUCCGGGUCAGUCAGUGACAAGUUCUUGUACUUCGCCAACAAGCGACAUGGAGGCGAAGCAGAGCCUGAGGCGAGGCUCCAUGCCACUUGGCCUGGAGCUUUUAUUCUUCCAGCUGGUGUGAUUAUCGAAGGCGUAUGCCUGCAGUACAGAACACAUUGGUCUGGCCCGGUCAUUGGCGUCGGUAUCGCCGCUUUCGGUCUCCAGAUUGUCUCUACAAGCAUCUUUGCUUAUUUGACGGAUUGUUAUAAACCGCAGUCUGCUGAAAUUUCGACACUUCUAAAUUUUGGCCGUCUGACCUUCUCCUUUACACUUGGUUUCUACAUGAUUCCAUUCGCCCAGACCACCACCUACGGCAUUGCUUGGGCAGUUCUUGCCAUAAUCACUUUUUCUUUGUACUCCGGUUUGGUUCUUCUGAUGUGGAAGGGUGCCGAAUGGAGGAAGAAGCUGGGCAGGCCUAAUUUCGACCGCACCUUGUAG